CUUGUCCCUGCUGGGCCCAGAAGGCCCUGCAGUCCCGCAGAUCCCUGCGGGUCAGGAGGAUUCCGCGAGGCCGCAGCCAUGAGUGUCCCCGCCGCCAGCCCGCUCUUCGCGCCCGGCGAGGACUGCAGCCCUGUGUGGCGCGCGGCGCCCGCGGCCUAUGACGCGUCUGACACACACCUGCAAAUCCUGGGCAAGCCAGUGAUGGAGCGCUGGGAGACCCCCUACAUGCACUCGCUGGCGGCCGCCGCCGCCUCCAGAGGGGGCCGGGUCCUGGAGGUGGGCUUCGGCAUGGCCAUUGCAGCCUCGAGACUGCAGGAGGCCCCCAUCGAGGAACACUGGAUCAUCGAGUGCAAUGAUGGCGUCUUCCAGCGGCUUCAGGCCUGGGCCCUGCGGCAGCCACACAAGGUCGUCCCCUUGAAAGGCCUGUGGGAGGAGGUGGUGCCUACGCUGCCGGACAGUCACUUUGACGGUAUCCUUUAUGAUACGUACCCCCUAUCGGAGGAGACCUGGCACACACACCAAUUCAACUUCAUCAAGAACCACGCCUUCCGCCUGCUGAAAGCUGGAGGUGUCCUUACCUACUGCAACCUCACCUCCUGGGGGGAACUGAUGAAGUCCAAGUACUCAGACAUCACCACCAUGUUUGAGGAGACACAGGUGCCGGCACUGCAGGAAGCAGGCUUUCGGAGGGAGAACAUCCGUACCCAAGUGAUGACGUUGAUCCCGCCUGCUGAAUGCCGCUACUAUGCCUUUCCGCAGAUGAUCACGCCCCUGGUCACUAAGCAGUGAGCUGCCUCCCUGGGUCUCUGGACCAGCUCCUCUGUGCCCCUACUCAGUGCCUUUGUGGCUGACAGCAGGAUCUGGCCUCUCAACUUGAGUUGUCCCGACUGUGACAGUGGACAACCUUCCUAAGUGCUGUGGGGGGGGUCCGCUGCCUCCCUAGGGUUCCAGGGUGAAAUAAACACUGAUACUGGCCUGGCCAGUCAGCAGUGUGUGAGCAGUGCAGCCUG